AAAAUCUGUGUGUGAAAUUUUGAUACUUGAGAAAGAGUGUUUGAUAUCGUUUCUUUCGUCGAAGAGAAUACGUGGCAUCUGUUGAGCAUCAAACGAGGGAUGAGAGAGCGACCUUGUUGGCAUUAAAUAUGAAUUUAGAGCUGGAACAAAUUCGUCUUGUGGAGCAUCUUGGUGCCCAUUUUUCGUUUAGAAACUGACCCAAGAUGCUGGCUAAGAUGGAUAUCUUGAAGCCCUCGCUCAAUUAUUUUCAGCUAGUCGUAGACUGCACAAUCUUUGUAAAAAUUAUAGACUAAGAAGCCCUGAUGUUUGAUGUCGUGGAAAUAUGAUCGUCGUCGUAGUACAGAGACGAGGGAGAGAGAGAGACGAUACUGAUCUUCGAAAAACAAAGAAAAAACCGACUCACUGAGAGAAAAUGCUCCUGCUGACUUUCGACUGAUUUCAUGUAAAAAUUGUUCAUUAUCAUUGCAAACAAAAACUUCUGCCUCAUCAUCAUCAUCCUCCACCGAUUUUGAUUUCCUCCUCACCGAUUUUGAUUUUCUCCUCACCGAUUUUGAUUUCCUCCUCACUCAAAGUUUCGAAUCCAACGCUUAGGGUGACGACUCCUUGUGUGGCGACUCCUUUUGUGGGUAAGCCAACUUUGUUUACAAACAAGGCAACACUUGAUGUUGAAGCUAGUAUUCUAAAUACGUCAUUUACAAAACUAGUCGGCAGCUCAUUACGUUUUCCUCUCUAGUGAUCGCGUGUGUUUCCGCCAGAGGUGCACGGCGACUACGGAUUCUCUUUACUUACUUGUAAGUAAGCUAGCACUCAGUUUUAAGGAAAGAAAGAGACGAGAAGUCGAAUUAUUUUCAAACUAAGAAGUGAUAUCGUCAACAUCUCUCGAAGUAUAUAAGCGGAAAUCUAUUAUUUGUCAGUCUUCUGUUGACGAAGCAGGAUAAUAUUAAAGUAUUAGAGCUCAAGUUGCGGAGUAACUUGCUUGUCUCAUCUUCGUUCUAGCUCCUAAGUCGCGUAUUUGAACAAUAUAAAAACGAGAAGUACCUACUGUACUAUUAGAUAUUCAACAACAGAGUUGUACGUACAAUCACGACGUUAGAAUUGAUUUCUGUCACAAGGAUCUUCUAUCAAACUAGUUACUACAAGAUGUUGAACAAGAAGCUGAGUCUCGUCAGCCUUUUCCUGGCGCCGGGCGGCGUCCAGGGCCAGGUGAAUGAGAACACAGUGACCGUGUACCCGCAGUCGGUUGCGGAGCGCAUCGAGGAGUGGGGCCCGGGGUCCGACAAGAAGGCCCUCUACGAGAUGAUCCAAUUCGACGUACUGCAGGUGCAAAGUCCGGAGGAGAUCUACUUAAGGCUUCUUUUUAUUAGACAAUGACUUUAAUUAACCCUUAAGACAGUCUUCACUGUACUUUGGAACUCGCUCACGAUACAAAAAAAAAGCGAGAACUCCCCCCUACGCCGGUAGCUACGCGGAAAAUAUGUAGGCAGGUUUUGACUUAUCGGAACUCGCUUGCAAAAUACGCAGGUAGGUUUUGAUUUAUCGGAACUCGCUCACGAUACAAAAAAAAAAGCGAGAUUAAUUGUAUUGUAUUGUAUUGAAACUUAUUUUCCCACAUAAGCCGGGUGGUCUAUUUAAGUAAUCCCUGUGGAUUUGUAUUGAAACUUAUUUUCCCACGUAAGCCGGGUGGUCUAUUUAAGUAAUCCCUGUGGAUAUUACGCGGGCUGGUACACUACAUCUUGAAGCAUCUUGAAGCUCUAAUCUACGUGUACAAGCCGGCCUGCCCCGCCGGGACCUCUCUCACCCGCGGCGUCACGGUGCAGCACUUUCUUGGGGCGAUCGCGGAAACGGAUUUGAUUGCCGGCACGGACAACACAGGCGCGGACGCAACCGUGGUGAACAUCACCUCCAGUUGUUAUGAUGUUAUACACAAGACCAUGGAGUAGAAGUCUCCAGCGUGACCACUAUUGCUCAUUUAUUUCACCCUCACAACGACCAGAAGUCCCCUUUCAUUGCUCCUUCUCGAAUCCGGUUACCGACACGACGAGCCCGCUGACUGCAGGAUUUUCCUUGAUGGGCCAGCAGUACCAAACGGGCGGCGGCGGCUGUUUUCCGGGCGGAGACCUCGAAUUCGGCAACGUUAUUUAAGGCUAUACACAGGUUUUACUAGGUGUUCUUCCCGUUACAACCGUUUGAUGUUUUGCCCUUGUUCUCAAGGGGCGGGAAGGGGAAAGGCAUAUAACGAAGAACGGGGACCACAGAUUCUUCCGAUGAUAUCGUCUUCGUCUCUGACUUGGACAAGUUUGAACCUAGCAACAGCGAACAGAAUACCAAGAGAACCCCAAGAGAGUGAGACCCGUCUACCUUUCUCAAGGGACGGGAAAGGCAUAACGAACGGGGUUGUAACUAAGCGAACAUGUUGAUCAAGGCAUACCUGUGCCUCCUCUAAGUUUUGGCACCGCCAGGCCCGACGGUCUGCUGUCCGGAUGUGGAUACGGUUGCCGGCUUCAAAGGUGGCGACACGAUGUACGGAAUUCAGUUCCUGUGGCGCUCUGACGAUUAAGGCAUCUUGAGCCGCGAGUUCAGAAAGAUCGAAGAAUAAGUGAAGGGAGGGGGGGAAAAAAAGACGCCUUUUGGAAGUAUAAUUAAACGGUACAAGGAGCAAAGAAACCUUUUGAUCUAGGUCAAAAGAUACCUCCAGACCAGGUAAAUGAAUGGAUGAAUGAAUGAAUGAAAUUGACCUCCUUUGAAGACGUGGACGCGUUUUCAAGGGGAAAAACCGGUUUGUUUUUAGCUCGUUAUUCCGACUUACGUUAGUCCCUCAAAACAAACUUAAAGAUGCAACAUUGUCUCUUCAAGAAGAUGAAUUUAGGUGAGGAGCUCUAAGACGACUUCACGCAGCUAAUGGUGGAGGAGAUGCAGCAGGGGGGGGCGCCUGCUGCGUUUGUCGCCCAGAUGCAGGUCGGAUCUGGGAAGAACAGUGAAAUGCGCUGCAUGUACGGCAAGGACUACAAGAAGGGAGGGCUGAAAGAUUCCGGCAUUUUGGGAACGAAGCCGGACCCGACCCAGCCGAGCGGAAAGCAGUUGGGAAAAUACGCGGAUCUGUGGAGGGAGUACGGUCCCUCGGCAUACACGAUUCUGGAAACCUUCGGAAAGGUCUCCAUUGAGAUCAAGCAGUGUGGCUGCGUUCAACCGCCAAACACAACUUCUACCGACCCAAAUGCGGCACAGAAGUGCGCGACUACUUCUGGACCUUCUCCCGAAUCUGGUGGAUCUGGUGCUUCGCCAUCUCCUCGCAUGCUUCUCGAGGGAGAAAAUGCUGGUACUAAAAUUAGCUCUCUUCGUUCUGCAUCUUCUAGCUAGCUCCAGUAAAUGAUCAAGAUGAACAAGAAAAUGACGAUUCUACUUGCUGGACUAAGUAUCUAAAUUUAUAAAUACUGAUGAGGUAUUAAGUUCCUUGUAAUAAUGACGAUGUGCUACUACUACUACUCCUACUCCAGGUGCCUCGGUGAACCGGGUGGGGCGUAAGGCUGCUCGGCAGGAGAAACGGCUGGCUUCCGAAAAAGUGAUGGCGCUCAAUUUGCUUGCUGAGUACAAGAAGGAGCCUCUUCGUUUUUUGAUGGAUGAGCUGACGGCCCGCAAGGAGCGCAAGCUGCAACAGUUCAAGGGUAAGCACAACCUGCGCACCAUCUUUAAGGCUGCAACGAUCCUUAAUAUUUUCAAUCACAAUCCUUAUACAUGAUUUCAUAUGUUGUAGUUCAGUCCUUAUCUUCUAUCAAAAGGUGUUUUCAAAAGACUCAUAUUUUAUUUCAUAGUUUUUUUGUAAUAGUCUCAGGUAGCUCCUCUAACAUCUUCGGCGGACGCAAAAGACAUCCCGCAGGACGCAAAGCGCGCUCGGAGAUGCUGGCUGCCGCGAAGGGCGCUUUUGGCGGAUAUUCGAGCAAGCAGGCCUACGAAGAACUGUUCGUCCACACCGAAGAGGGCGCGUCUAAAAUGCGACAGCUUCUGGCGGAGUCCGAGGUACGCGCACUUCAGGGUGCUCCUGAGGCGUUGCCGAUGGAGCAGAUCAUCGAUCGCAAGACGUGCAAGGCGGCGAAAGCGGCAUUGGGGGCAGCGCAGAGCCGCCGUCUUCUCUCGGACUUCAUCGCGAAGGCGGACAAGAAAGCGCUGUUCAAGGCUGGGCGACGGGCCCUGAAAGACAAGUACUUGAAGCGACAACUGAACAUGAAGCAGGUGAAGAAGGUUUCGCAGAGGCGCCAGCUGAAGAACAGUCAGCUCAAGAACAAGCCCAACAACAGCAAGAACAAGUCCAAGAGGCAUCUGACGACGUUCACGCUCAGCGACGAUAACCUAUACAAGGCCCAAGUCACAGACGCAAUUCUGUUAAGGCUAGUUUUUCUCUAUCGAUGGGCCUGAGUGGACUUCUAUGCUCCUGAGUGGACCACAAGUCCUCGUCCCUGCCCGUGAUUUACUAAUUUUUUAGAUGGAAUAAACCACGGGGCGGGAUGAAAAAGGGGAUCUCACUCAGCCAGGGAUAGCGAAAAGCUAGUCGCGCUAAUGUUGGCCAAGGUUUCUCUGGACCAGGGUCUCGCCAUCUGGAACCAGUGCAAGAAUAUCACGGGUACGGCAGACUUCUCUGGACUCGACUCAACUACAAUGUUCAAUACGAUCAACGCCGUGGUUGGUGCUAUGAAUCCAGACGGCUCGGUGGGUGGUGAUGCCCACUGCAUUGUGGAUAGUUCGGGGGCUGUCAAUGAGCCCAUCGCGACUUUCGCGACUGGUCUGGGGCUCGACCUUUCGGAUACUGGGGUCUCGUGGGCUGCUAUGAUUGUCGCGGGUGCUGCUGGCGCAGAGGAGGCGGGCCAGGCAGUUCUGGCAGCCGUCGCCGCCGGAGGCGGCGGCAACUCAGUUCUACCAACCCCCGGCUCCGGCGGCGGCAACUCAGUUCUACCAACCCCCGGCUCCGGUGGAGAUGGCGGCUCCGGCUCCGGUGGAGAUGGUGGCUCCGGCUCCGGUGGAGAUGGUGGCUCCGGUGGAGAUGGUGCUGGCGUGGCACCCACCGGCCCGGGCUCCGGCUCCGAUGGCGACAGUGGCUCCGGCUCUGGCGAUGGUGGCUCCGGAAGCAGUGGCUCGUCCUUGGAUUUCGACGCCCUCACGGACGAGGAAUUGACGACGCUGUUGGCGGAAACGCUCACCUGGGCGAUUGUCAACGGCAACUACGGCUUUACGUUGCCAUCCGAUGCUCCGGACGGCUUCGAUGCAGCCGCAGCCGGCAAUAGAUUCGUGUUUGAUCAGGCAACCAGCGGGUUCUUCGUGAUUCCGGCCGCGUUCAUUGACGCUUCGGACGAUGAGCAGCUGAACAAUGCCAUUGUUCUGGAUCCACCCAUGGGGCCGACGGAAAUGGCCAUUCCCAUUGCACCGUUCAGCAGCGACGUGGUUUUAAGGGUUCUUUCCAGAUUGCAUCCUGCACUAACAUCCCUGACCCUUUCGGAACUAAGAAAGGAGUCAGGAAUGGUCUGAAGAAUGCAAUUUCUGGAGACUCUAACGGUUGCUAGCAUGUUCUCCUUCUUGUCGCCAACCGCCGAGAGCCUGUUCCCGAUCGGACAGAACCACGAUCCCUACACCAAGUACACCGUCUUCACGGACGCCGAGGCGCGUCCGCGCAACGACAGCUCGACGGGUUUCAAGUCCAAGUGCAUGUACGGUGAGGAAUUCUACGCGCGCCUCGGUGUUGGUUACACGUGGAACAACGUGACAGGCACCGCGAUCGCGGCGCACAAUGGCACCACGGAGUAUCUCAAGAUCAAGUCGGUCGACGGCGUUGCUUGGAGCUGCCUUUCCGCUUUUGCACCCCAGGUGCCGGAGGAGGCGAUCGCCCUGGACAUCAUCACUGCGCUGGAGGGCGCCACGGGCCGCAUUCCGGGGACCGACACGGGCGACUCCGUCUUGGUGGAAGCGGUAGACUCGACCGGAGCGCAGGUGUUUCACAUGAUCGAGAUCGGCGGCAAGACGGGGCAAACCAACUACAAGCUUCUCUUAAGGCCUUGGUUUUAAUAUUUGCUUAUACAUUUACUUAUUUGCUUGUACAAUUAUACAAUACAAAAAUACAAUACCAUCUCGCACAGUUUUCAGUGCAGACUGCCGCGCGGCGUCGUAGUGUUUCGCAACGAUGCUGACUUACACAGGUUUUGACUAAAUAUAGUCUGGAAAAAUUUUUCGUCCAUUUUUUCACGAACAUUAAGAUCUACUUUCUCUUUCUUAUAAGGAGAAGGAACUAGAACCUUGAACCUUUUACCCCUUAUUUUUUAAAAGGUGGAACUUAAAAAGAAGCAUCUUCUUUGUUCUUCCCCCUUUUGUUUAGGGUUUAGGGUUGCUCUAAUUCUGCAGAUGAAGCUGGAGGGGAAGCAGGAACUUGCCUGGGACGGUCUCAUGGGCGACAUGGAAGCCGACGAGGAAGCAGCAGGUGGCGAAGGCGGAGGCGGAGGCGACCCGGCCAGUGGCAGUGGGCCACCUUCCGGUGAUGGUGCUGCCCAAGGCGAUAGUGAUCGGCGUCUCCUCGCAGAGGUGACAACGGAGAUCCGCGCGGUGGAAUCGUUUAAGAGGGUCUUGAAGAGCGGAAGCAGCGCAGCGGCGGCACGCCGUCGCUUGGCGGCCAAGAAGGCCAAGACCUGUUUUCGUGGCUCCAUCACGGCAAUUGUGGAAACGCCCUUGAACUUUCCCGAGUGCCAGCGUGCGCACGGCGUCGUCCGUGCCAAGUCGCCACGGCGCCAGGCAAUGGAAACGGGCAUGGACACGCGCCGCGUGCCGUUUGUGCUGCCCACGAAAAUGUUCAACCUGCGCACUAUGGUCGAGGACAAGAGCUUCACCGCAGGCCUUCCGUCCAACUUCAAGUUAAGGGUUUCUUCUGGAUUACAUUCCUCACUGUACCAUGAUCCCCUUGGUCCUUUUCCUAGUAGAAAAGAAGCCAGGGUGGUGGAUGAGGUUCCGAGGAAUGUAAAAAUCCCGUAAAAACCUCUAAUCAAGGCAGGAAACUGCCUCGCUCGCGUGAAGGGUCUGUACAACUCUGCCGGUCAGCCAAUGUUCUUAUGAUCUGAUGGUAGACUCAUAUGAGUGUAAACAACAUCAUGCAGAAAGUACAACCGGUUAGCUUUUCCCUGAUAAGCUAGGUCUAUCCAUCCUCCACCAAGUACUUAAAAUAGUCCUCAGAGGACUGAAGCACAAGCUCAACUUUUAUUCUUACUAGUCUACUUCUGGCUUUUGCUCUUGCUCUUCUAAUGUUUUCGGACGAGCUUCCGGCACUGCCGGCGGAGCCGCAGUGCCCCCUGGCCCAGAUGAAGACGACGCGCCAGGAACUGGAAACCGUGUUGACGCAGAUGCAGACUGGCACGAUGGAGACCAACCUGAAUGCGAUCAGCGCUUUUGAGGGGCGUGACUCUUGGGCAGGCUGCGCCGCUCUGGUGAACGCGGGUCUCGCGGAAGGCUACGAGCAGUUGACCAUCAAGUCCACCGCGUGCACUUAAGGCUUCUGGAAGUUGACAUCGUUUUUCUAGGAAGCAACAUAGACGAGUCUAUGGCUCCUUCUUCAAGGAGGAAAGCCAUAGAAGAUCAAGAUACGCGAGCUAUUUAACUGAUGUAGUUGCAUAUAUAUCAUGAACACCGCAACAUUUGAUGAACAGGGCAACAAUAACUACAGAGGUCAACUAAGUACUUGCAACCCCUAAUGCAGGAAGACGGAGCCGAUUUUGUGCUCCGAGUCGCAGAGUUUCGAGGACUACUGCAAGUUCCACACCACGCACCCGUGGUGCAAGGAUCCUUGCUGCAACAUCGAAACUCAGUCCACCGCUUGCUGCGCGGAGCGCGAUAUUCAGAUGUUGGUCAAGUCCGCAGCCGUUGACGAGACGGCCUUCGGCGCCAGCUGUAAGUACGCUGGCGACAGGGUGCUUGACGGUAAAAGAUUUGUUUUCCUACUCGAAAACUGAGAGCUUAAAGCGAGUAACAAUUACAAGAACUACCGAGUUUCUGAUAUUGUUAUCUCGGCUACUCGGUUAUUUCAGUUUAUCGAAAAGGUGCGUAUAAAUGUUUUUGGUAUUUUUCAGGUGGGACAAUAGACUAGGCAAGUCUCAAUCUAUACACUUUCUUAAUGUUUUUUCACAGGUAUCGAGGUCGGAAAAUCUGUGGCGCAGAUCGUCCAGCAACCCAGUCAGUGCUUCGGAAAGGAUGCAGCAGCCAAGGAAAAGAGGCUGAAGGCGCUCGAAACAGCUGCGGAGUGCUGCUACGCCGCAGUCUUCGGUAAUUGAUACCAUUUGUUAGUUUUAUUUGGUCAAUGAAUUAUCAUUAUGAUUAUCAUGUACAUGAUGUUAGCAUCCAUAUAGAUGAUUAUUUUUGACAUAAUUGUACCAACCCCUUUUUUUUUUUUAGAUCAAUCAUGAUAAACGACCAGGUAACGACCCGAUGGAAGAGAUGCUGAAGUCGGGUGAGAUCACCGCAGAAUCCUCAGUCCGCAAGAGUAUCCAGACCUGCUCUACUUCCAGUGACUGCUACUCCGGUGUCUGCAAGAAGGUAAAGGCGAAGAAGAAGUCCACCGGGAGCGGCAGCAAGGACGCUAAGCCCCCGAAACAGUUCAAGUCGUGCUUCACGUCCGGCAGCCCGACCAACAAGGGCCCCUUCACCACCAAGGGCAAGCAGUACUAGACGUUGCAGCUACUUUUUUGAGUUAGCAAGUAGAAAAAGUGAGAGGAAAUAAAUUAUAGCUGUAAAAAGUGUCUGAAUACUCACGGCUUUCUUUUUCCUUCGACUUUUUUCCCUCCAAUCAACAAAUAAUCAGAGGAGAUUCAUCUUUGUUUGUUCACAGGUACUUCUGCGCAUUCACCGCACCUACUUGUAAUAAAUUUAUUAUCUUUGUUUGUUCGCAGGUACUUCUGCGCAUUGACCGCACCGGAGGAGGCUUCGCUAGCGUUGUCUCAGUGCCUGAAGGAUCGUUUCGACGAUGAGAGUUCCCUGUCCACGGCUUGGGCGAUCUUGUCCGAGCUGUACGGCGCCGGAGCCGAUGCGAACGCGCCGGUUGCGACGAUCGCGGAGAAGCUGGUGAAGCCGGACGACAUGAUCCAAACCUGCGAGGGACCGACCGGCUGGAUGUACAACGCCAACGACUUCUUCGUCCGCAAUGUCCUGGGUACGUGCAGCUCUGAGGAGGAUUGCGCCACUAAGUGCGUCGCGCAGAAGAAAUGCAACUGGGCGCCAGCGGGAAACACCUUGACCUCGGACGAGUGCAUGGACCUGCUUCCGGGCGACAAGUUCUGCUUCGACAAGGGCGGCGCCGUCGACGGCUUUCCGUCGAAGUCCCAAAACGCGCAAUGCCGUCAGUCCAGCGUCAAGAUGCUCGGCUACAAGGACGAGAUCGACACUUUCUUAUGGGAGGUGGACCAACAAGUAAAUCAUGAGUAUUCUACUUGUACAGUGUUUUAAAUAGAUUCUAGUUCUCGUGCAUAUCUAAAUCUAUUUUGCAUAGAAAGAUAGACGCCAAGAGGAGUCGUAGCUGUCACAAUGUUCUACUCGCUGUUACAAAGUACACUUAAAGCAGUUACCACCUUCUAGACGAGCUACAACAGUUAGAGUUUUUAAGUCGACGCUUCAUGAUAUAGUUGUAGGAAUUUUUUUAUAUUCUAGUAGAAGUACUAGGUAGUCCAAGAACCGUAAAUGUGUUCCAGUUUGUGUGUUCCUUGAUUUUGUACUAGUUCUUCUUCUUCUUCUUCUUCCUCUUCAUUUUUCGCGGACUAUGGGUUCUUCUUCGGGCCGGAGUACGACACUCUGAGUGUGCCGAUCGCUUGGGAGCUCACCGAUGCGAACUGCAAAGAGAUCGACGCCUCGUCGAACCUGACCUUCACCGGGACCUUCACCGAAGAUUUGAAGACGCUGCUUGCGCUGGAAGAGAAUCCCACCGAGUCCGCGGAACUCGACUUCGCGGGAAUCGCGCCACCAGUGCAGAAGACCGUGUACACGUGUGCCCAGCCGAGCGUCACAGACUCGACGGCGUGCCUGAGUGAGUGCAUGACCAACCUGAACCCGAAGAAGCAGUACACGUGCAAGGUGCCGCCCACCGAGAGUGGCUGCCCCGUCGGCUGGCGUCUGGAGGUGCCCUUCAUGGAGCCUAACUUAGGGCAUAAUAGUACCGUAGUUCAUCCUCUAAGAUGAAGCAUCUUUUUUGACCCGCGGCCCUUUAGCUUCAAAAUGAAUACUAAAAGGGAAAGAAGAAAAUGCGGCAAAGAUGCAACUUUUCAACUUCAUAAUUAUGAAUGUAAAUAUAGCUAGGUCCUCGUAUGGUCAAGGUCUAACUAACGCCAUGGGGGAAGUGAUGUACCAGGAAGAGCGCUGCAUUCCGAGCUUCUCCGAAACGGAGUUGCCGUUCGCGGCGUUAGUGAGCGAGACCGAGACGGUGGAUGGGGAGACGAUGACCUUCAUCGACAACAAAGUGACCCUGAACGGGACUGCCUACUUCUGGCCAUUCGACUUCGAGCUGGUGACGGACCCGAAUUUGUGCACCAUGCUGGGUGUGGAAGCCAACUACCCUGCCGGCAAGUGGGUCUCCUCGAUCAUGACCGGCGCCACCUCGCUGAUGAUCGAGGACGGGGCGCGCGCGUGCUCCUUCGAUCAGUGCAUCUUCUCGAACAUGACCGUUGCAGACGGCGACGACCCGGAGGACUUGUGCUCCGCCAAGGCGACCGCGAUGAACGUCGGGUCCGAUCCAGAGAAAUAUGAGUCGGAGUACCUGAUCGGAGCUGGACCCACCGGCGAGGGCAUGUGCACUGUGAAGCACUCCAUGCAGGUUUCCCCGUUCUUCAAAGAGAGCGAAGCAGAUGCCCACGCGGAUUUGGGAAUGGCCCCUAUGACGGUCACAGACCUGACCAACUUGAAGACUGCCUGCGCAAGUGCAGGCGGUUCCUUCCUGCAGGGAAAGCAGUUCUUCCCCGAAAAGUUCAACUCGGCCACGGACUGCAGCGCUGGCGGCGGUGCCUACUGCGAGAUCGACGGCGAGCGCGUGAUUGGUAUCACGAAGGAGCAGUGCGCCGCGAACAAGGAAUGCUUCACGGCCAGCGGGGAGCCAGCGUUCAACUGCGCCGGAUGCGAGCCGGACUGGGAUACCGCCAGCGUGUUCGAAGCGUGCGUGCAGACAGUGAACAUUACGGCUCAACUUUCAUUGGUCACCAUUUAGAUUGGGGUCACUGAGAUCGAAGAGGGGCCUCCGUGAGAGAACAGGGGAAAAUGAAGGGAAAACAAAGGGAGAGGCAUGGGGCCCUUUGCGGUCAGAAUCAGUGACCAACGAAUGUCGACCUUUAAGAACAAGAAGAGCAAGUGCAAGUCGCCGCUGAAGUACUACCCGAAUGUGGCGAACAGCACCAAGGCAGGCCUCUGCUACGACCCGAACAAGAGUACGGAGGACUGCACCGGAAAGUGGUCGAUCAUGACCUGCGAAGACAACGUCGACGUGGAGAACUGCGCGGCGCCGACCGUCGCGGAGGGCAGCUUCGCGGCCCCGAUGACGAUCAUGUCGCAAGUGCUGAAAUGCCGCCCCUCCGAGGCAACGAAGUGCAAAGACAAGGCCCAAUGCGAGGCGGCGGGAGUUUGCAACCAGGACACCGCUCUCAUGAGUGCAGGCACCGGCUUCGUCGACCCCGAUGCCAUGGAAGAAGAGGGUACUGUACUUAUACUCGAUUUAUCUUAUGAUCUAGGUGUAAGAGGGUACCUACCUCUUACUGGCUGCUGCCAACGAUUUAUUUGUAGGUGUACUAGUGAUAAAGCAUGAUCAUAUUUAUCCAAAACUCUAGAAAAAUUUGCUUACUGAUGUUAGUGAAUCAGAAUCUCAUCUGUGGUGUCCUACCUUCUGCGGUUGCAUGUACCAAAGAACAUGACUUUUAGUAUGAUUUAGGGCUCCACGACCACUAACAUGUUCUUGAUUGAUGUCUGAUUCUCUACAUCAUAACUACAAGAAGAACUUAUGAAACAUCUUCAAGGUGAGUCGAUCUACCCGGCGUAUCCUCCGAAGGCCAUCAUGGCGCCGCCGCAGAAUCUGUGGCUGAACACAACUGCUGACACCACGGUCGCUGCUUCGACGGACGAGGAAAUGGAGGACUGCUUGCCGCUUGGCACGAAGUGGACUAAGAGUCACUGGUUUGAUCAUGUGUGCGCCAUGGAGGUGACCAAUCCGGACCCGAUGAACCCAUGCAAUGUUAUGGUCAGCUUUUCUCCAUCUCUCUCGGCAUCUUGGUAGUACCCUUUUACCCUAUGUAUUCUCCUGAAAUGCAAGGUAUUACAUGAGGGGGCCAAAAUGAAGAGGCCGAGAUGCAUCGUAGUACACGCUAACACUGCUGAUGGGGAAUUGUACCGCGUCGCGAUUAACUCCUGCACGGGUGUCGUUUCGGAUCCUUUGAUCCCCUACAUUGCCGGUACUACUCACCAACUGUUUUUUCUUCCAUUUCCGUAAGUAGAACGGUUUCAUUCGUUGAACUAGGCUGGAUAUUUGAUUUCCAUUCAUAUGUAGAACUACAUCAACGAAGCUGGAUAUUAAACUGAAUGAUAUCUGUAUACAGAUCUAUGAGCUAGGAGGUAGUUUCUCCAUCACAAUCUUCUACGUCUUCCGCCAUAACGUAUCCUUGCGGAACCCGAUGCGAAGUAUCCCUAACCUCACUCUCACAUCGUGAUACAUAGGUAUGCUAGGUUCUAUUCUGACCUCACACUCACAUCAUGGUAUUACAUAGGUAUGUGCAUGGAUUACACUAAGACGCAGGAAACCUGCACCGGUACGUGGAUCGCGACAGGACAGGACAAAGCCACUUGUGAAGCCAAGGAGAUCUGCGUUGGCUCGUCCACCACUGUCGGAGGUACUACUACAUCACUUAUGUCAUUUAAAUCUAGAAGUCUGCAGAGGACUCAUUUUUUUACAAGUUUAACUUCGGUCUAGACUCUCAUCAUUAUUAUUUAUAUCUGAUCUGCACAUGGUCAUACAGCAUUUUGAAUUUGAUGGACUUGCAAAAGAACUUCAGCUUGGCCCCAGAUCGUCGUACGAAGGUUUGUCAUGAUGUUUUUAUUUUCAUGUUUGUUGACUACGAAGAUGAUUAUGAUUAUGACCUAAUGGGUUUUGUUUUUCCUAGUUAGGUCUGCUAAACCAACAUUAUGAAAAUUCUUUUGAUUCAUCCAGGCAUCAGCACCAGCGGUCGCUCGGAAACGGAAUGCGAGAGGUGCGGCGGGCAAUUUAAGUCGGUUAACAAGUUUGCGAACAACCAGUACAAGGCAACCUCCUUGAAAAACGUCACUGGUCUCGAGUGGAAGCUCCGCAAUGUACCACUCUACUUCAUUUAAUACUCAUAACAUACAUCUGGGGAACCACUUUUGAUUAUUAUUAGAGGACUCAUUCAUCAAAGUCACUAGCCGUAACUCUUCUGGCACUUGUCUCACGCUUAACACGUUACUCAUUCAAAGUAUAUUCUUCACGCUUAACACGUUACUCAUUCAAAGUAUAUUCUUCACUUGCUAAUUAGACAAUCUUCUACACCCCAAGAUUGGGCACACCACUACUACUACUACUCAUCAUAGGCCCUCUCAUCGGAUUAUCACUUUACAUUUAUUAUGCUUCAUCCACCUCUAUUAUGGUUCAUCUCAUGAUCCUGUGGUCACCUGUAGUUGCAGGAAUUCAUCUAAGUGAAAAACUACAUCUAGUAUUGUUUUAUUUUUAAAUUCAUCAAUUACUACAUAUCGAUAUCUGAUCCAUGAAGUCUCCUGAUCUUAGAAGUCCCGUCGACAGUUUCAGAAUACUGAUCGGGGCAACCUACCAUACUAUCCAUCAACUACGACCACAGUCUGACGAAGCCGUGAAUGAGUUGCGCAUGGUGCCGGACAAGCAGACGAUCAUGCAGAAGAUGCGUCUGGUGAAGCAAAAGCUUGCAGCCGCGUCGGAGAAUCAGGCGAUGAUGUGCUACUACGGCCGAUUGGCAGGUCUUCAAACUUCCAUGGCCUCCGUGUGCGUCGACCGCAGUGCCGGGUCCAGUCUUUUGUUAAGGCAAAUUAUCUGUUAAUUUAUCUUUUUUUACUUUGGGCUGGAGGCCCAUCUUCUGUGAACUACUGUUUUCGAGAACAAGAAAAGCGGGGGAAGCAGAUCUUGAUGGAAAAGAAGAUGAAUUCUUCAAAAGUACUGAGCUACUCCCUUUUGAGUUCUAAUUUUGCGUCACCUUGAUGCUGCUGACACGGAGCUGGUGUCUCCGGAACAAGAGUUGGACAAGAAGGACAUCUACACCACGGCUGAGUCCAACUCCUUGGGCUCGGACGAAGAAGCUGGAUGCAAGUUCUCUUCGCAAUCCUUCAACGCGACUGAUCUUAAGGCUAGUUUUUCGCUAUCCGCUUCCGAUGGAUGUUGUCGUGGAGGAUGAUGUUCGUUGAUGCUGAGUGUGGUGUCAGUGAGUCUCGUCCCUUGACAGAUCGUUAUUACAGGGGAACGAAAAGGAGGGAGGAAAAGGUUUCCAAGCCACUCAACGACCUCCAGGGAUAGUAAAAAACUAGCGCUAAUGAUAAUUCUGGGCCUUCCGGAGGCUCCUCGAACUCGAGCUUGUUGGAGGAAGAUUUUGUGAACCAGAUCAUCAGGGCGGAACUCGAGAUCGCCCCGGUGGAACGUGUUACCGACGAAGGUGACGACUCCCGCCGCCGUCUCCAGGCAAAGGGCCCGCUGACCAUGGAUUCCAUCAAUGAGGAGUUGCGCUACUUGCAAGCGGCAGGCGCCACCGUCAACGAUGCAGGCUGCUACUCGAAGGUAUUUCUUAUAAUGAGGCUCGCAGAUGAUGGUGAACACCUUCAACUCAUGUUUUAAGAGGAGCACUAAGCUCAAAAAAUACGAGUAUGCACGAACGUCGGACUUAUACUCUUCAGCUUUAGUUUGUAGCUGCAGGGUGAAUGUCAAACAGCAGUUCAAUAUUCAAGUCUUCCAAGAUGCUACAAUGAAACUCGUAUGAUUUUUUAGUGUAAAAAUAACAUUAUACGUUUGUUGUUCGGAUACUCUUAGUUCCUACUGACAAGAAUACAUGUAACAGAACUGCACAUCCAUCAUACCUAUACCAGGUGAAAAAUGCUGCUGGUAAGUUGGUCGGCCAGCUCACCGGAAAGUGCGUCCAGCUUGCGCAGCCGGCUGGAACUUUGCCCGUCAAAGUCGCAGAGCUUUGCCUUAAUGAAGAUUCCGCAAUUAAGAAGGACACUACCAACUACCCGAAUGCCUUUGUCGCGGUCCGCACCGGAGCGACCAGCAGCAGCUACGUGGUACUACUCAACAAGUGGAACUGGAAACUCGACUUCUGUAAGUAGUAUAACUAGAAGAUGACUUGUUCUGUCUAAGUAUAACUGGACUUUAUCUUCUGUAAGUAGACAUGAUAGGUGGGACAUUUAGAUAUGAGUAUGACGUGCUUCUAUUUGUGCAUUUACUAGGGUUUACUUAGCAAACUAUCAAUUUGUAUUGAAGAGGAACAAAAAGCGCUAAUAGAUUAUGAUAACAACACACAGUACUCACUGGCGACGGACGCGGCCGGUGUAACCACGACGUCAAUCAAGAAGAGCGGCACCAAAAUUUGCAUGACCGUUACGAAGUCUGGCGUCUAUGUGUGUCCCGCAUCGGUCGCCAACGAUGCCGCUGCUGCCACGAGCGAUGUUGGCACUGCGGCCUGCCCCGCGCUGGCUGCCAGUUUGCAGAAGGUAUUGUUUCUUCUCAGCCAAAAUGAAGAUAUGUUUGUAUCUAUCGAUGAUAUUAACCCUUGUUCUUCUAAGACUGAAAGGCCUCGUCACCGUUAGUUAGAACGGACAAAAAGGGAACAUGACAUGACAUGGCCAUUUUUAUUCAGCGAGAUCAUAGAUGAAAUAGAGAAAUAGAUGAAAUAUAGUCACAGUUUCUUAGUGGAGAUUAACAACAUGGCCAUGACGAAAAGUUCAUGGUUCUAGGUCAUGGAUCUUAGACGUGAGUAGCAAAACCCGAGUAUUUUUAUUAACAAAAUAGAUAUCGAUCAUUUAUCCCACAUCAAGAACAAUCUUCUACCAAAUUCGAAUCUACCAAAUUCGAAUUCAAUUGCAGCAAAUUCUUCGUGAAUGCUCAUCGCUCCGGAGGCGAACCAAUUCCUAUCCUUCUAUCUAUGUAUUCCCACAUCUAUCUUGAGUGAAGGUGUCUAGCUGCUAGGUAUUCCCACAUCUAUCUUGAGUGAAGGUGUAUCGCUAGGUAUUCCCACGUCUAUCUUGAAUGAAGGUGAUGAUUCUGUCUAUCUCUGUAUUCCACCUCCCGCAUCUAUUUUGAAUGAAGGUGUCUGCGACUGCGGCUUUGCUUGGUGGUACUGCCCUUGCGGGUGUUGCCGCAACGUCCACGACCACUCCCGGACCCGUGGAUAACAGCGCACGUGCCGCGGGAACGGUGGUCAAGUCGAGACUCGCGCUCGCGUUCGACCUUCCAGACAGUUUGAUUAAGGCUUACAGUCUAAGUAAUUCAAAUCUACCUAAGAAGCAUCUUCAUCUUUGACUGCCUUUUCUCUAAGGGAAGGAAGACGCGUCAAUAAAGAUGAAUAUCCAAGAUGAAUAUAAUAGGCAAGGUCUUCUAACUUGAGCUCGGAUCCGGCCAAGCUCGCGCAGUUGAUCUCCGCACCGGUGAAGAAGGGCGUGGCCGCCGCUGCCGGCGUGAACGAAACCAAUGUGGACAUCGAGGAGAUCAGCAUCGAGGCCAGGCUGCGCCGUGCGUUGUCGAUGACCGGCUUGGACACGGCGGCGAAGCCUGCCGUGAACCGCAAGCUGCAGCAGCAGAAAACCGUGAAUGUGAAGUACCAGAUUUACAUCCCCGCUACCAUGUUAAGGCUCCUAAUACCAUGACGUAUAAAGUAUAGUAAGAUUCAUCUACUUUGACUGCAUGAUCCUUGCAGAUGAAUUCUUGUAUGGGGGAGAAGUAUCAAAAGGGAAUGCAACACGAACUCACCCAGAUCUAUAAUUGCUCAAGGAUCAUGCUUGCAGCUGAAAGAGCUGAAAGAUGGAGAGCCAGCUCUAACCUUGACCGGCGCGGCUGGCUUCAGCGACUCGCUCACAUCGAAGUUGACGGAAGGCAGCGCGUCGUCGCUCACCUUCGCCUCCGCGCUGAAGACUGCGCUGGACACCUCGUUCGCACAGUCUGGUGUGUCGUCUGUCAUCAAGCUGAGUGGCGUCGCCGUGAAGGGAACUCCGGCCUUCAGGGUGGUCGGCCCGGGCACCGGCGGUUCCUCCUCUUCUUAAGGCAGCUCUACAAGAAUUGGCAAUAAAUUCAUUUCUACACGCCAUUUUUCUCUUUUUUCUUCUUGAAAUUCUGAGAAAAUGAAACCAAGAAAUGAAUUGUUUUGCGGUGCUCUAAUCUUUGUCUUCGUCGGAUGAUGGCCUGGGCGGCGGUGCCAUUGCCGGUAUCAUCAUCGGCGUCCUGGUCGGCUGCGCUGCUAUCGGAGCGGCGGUGUACUUCCUGGUGAUCGCUCCGGGUCAAGAGGUGGCUGGUGGAGGUGCUGCGCAAGCGGACGGCGCAGCCGCUGCCCCGCCGCAGCUGCAGGAGGCGGCGGACGAAAAUAAGGUGUAAAGACAGGACUAGAAUGAUAAUGGAAUAUAGGAGGAGACGGAGAACUCUUGUUCUUCUGGAUCAUUUCACAUGAACAAGGUUCUGCUAGGUUGAGGAGGAAGAGGGGUGUGAGUAGAAAGACUACUAGGGGUGGGAGUAGAAACAAGACCUGUAGGAACUCGAGAUCGAGGACAGGUUGAGUCCGUUCGUCACUGAUCGGACUAUUUGUAUUUCUUUGUUACAAUGAGAAGACUUGCACAAGAAAAUAGAGGAGGCUUAACGGGUGUUUUCUCCGGUGGAGGUAUUAAUUUGAUAUGUAUAGAGAUAAUGGUAAUUAUGUUGAGCAGUGCUAACUUACGUAGUUCAUCAUUCAAGCAUCCUCAGAAACAUGGUGACUAUGGGGUUCGUCUUACGUAGAAGACAAGCGAUCUUAUACGACUCGGAUAGAAUUGAGCAGGAAGUGCUGGGGCAAGGAGAGUCUCCACGAGGAGCGCUUUGGUUUGCAUUUCAUUUGUUUUGCUGCUUUGUUUUUUUCAGAUGAGAUACCUUGUUCCACCGAAUAGCAUCAGAGGAGGGCGACAAUUGUUGAAGAUCCGUGCCCUCUGCGCACACCAACUUUAGUCCCCAUCUUCAGGGUAUUUACAUUGAAAAACGCGACUCAUACAUUGGUUUCAGCGCUAAGGAGCUUUUCGCGGUUGCCAUCUUAAUUUUUUCAAAUACAAAAGGAUAUGAACUAAACGCACGACGGACGACGCUGUCGAGGACUAAAAAACGAAGCAUAAGAUCAUGAAAAGACACACUUUCACAUCCAGAAUUAUUCUAACGACUUGUGAUGACGAUAGCAAUAAUUUCGCAUAAAACGGGAAAAAGAUGAUACUUAUUGUUCCAAGAUAUUACUAAAAAGUCGCCGAUACCAGCAUCAAGUGAAAGUAGCACGCACUUUGGGCGGUCCUCGUCUUGGCAAAAAAGAGCGGCGCACGACCGUGCAAGAAGGUAGACGCUUUGACUAAGCAUCUAAUCAAGUUACUAUGUAAUGUGUCCAGAAUAAGACGUUGUGCGCCGAGAACUCGUCGCCUGGUUGUAUGUGCUCGUAAUACAACUCAAGAAAAGAAACAGCGAGCCGCUCAUCGUGCAUGUUGCUAGGCGAACACUUUUUUCCGAUUGACUUUUUAUAGGUAGAUAGUUCUUCGUCGAUAGUUAGCAAAUCGAAAAAAAACAGGAACAGAAGUCCACGCCAUAGUAACUACUAACUUUUUCAUGAAGAUUUCAUCACUCGCAUCGCGACUUAAUUUUGAGAAAGCUAACUAUCAUGCGUAAAAACUCUUGUUUUCUCUUUCGAUUCGUGCUUCCUGAGGCAAGCAAUCGCUUUCACUAUAAGCGUGUAUUGAGGAGAAUCAAGAACCCACGGCGCACCCUGAUAGAUACCUAUUUUUCGACUUUGUUUUUUGUGUAGCAUUCAACAUCAUGUGUCGAAGCUCCUCUGCCAUGUCUAGCUCUGUAGGUAUCUGGCACUUAGGUAUCUUCGCGGUCGUCGAUAGGGCCGAAGGGGGCGGCUCAAAAUCGGUGAUGCCACUCCUUUUGCGAGUAUGCGGUCAGAAUCGAUGAGCAAAAUCGAUGAUGGCACUCCUUUCACCUGUAUGUGGUGAGGACCUGCAGCGCAUUACCUUGAAUUUGCACUUUCUUUGUUCUUGACGCUUCUUGUUUUAAGCCGUAGGCGUGUGCAGUGUAUUACUUUUUCUUCAGUCGUCCGGAGGGACAUCACCUCAGGCCUUGAAGAAGAAGUCGUGAUGAUGAUGAAGCAGUAGUUGCGUUACAAAGUUAAAAGAAGGACACUUUUGAAAAUUAUGCACAGAGACUGGCUACGACUUUUUUCCAACAGAUUUUUCGAUUUCGAAGAAAUGAUAGUUCCUAGAUGUACUAGCUGUAGCUUAAUUGAAUAACUUAGAAGAAAUAGAAGUAGAAAUAAGAGAAAAUCUUGUAAUAUGAGGGAACUCCUCACUUUUUUGAAAUCAACAUGUGAAACGAAUGAAGUGGAUCUUGAGUUCAGAAUAUUUUGAUAAUUAAGGAGCAUGAUCAUCGAAUUUGCCUUUUGCGAGUAGACGAUAAAGCCUUCUAUAUGGACGAGAUGAACAAGUAUCCAGACCUAGUCGUACUACUGAGUGCUAGAAUGCUCAUGCCGCCACUCAGAUCAGUAGUACUGUGCUAUGUCAUGUGCUAGUGGUGCGAGACUCUCUUCAUCGUUUAGGGGUGGAUAGGGCUCGUACACGUACUCGUCGAGGUGCAACUAGAUGAUAAAGUAGCUGCUGAAACGAACGUAAUAGUUCUGCGAGAUGUCUGCCAGUUUUCCUGGUAGGCCCACACCUAACCUAACGUAAUAGUGUGCGGCCAUACUGUUAUCAGCGGUGCAGCUUGCGAGAGCUCUUGCAUUUUCCACGUGAAGCAGGGGCUCCGAUCUGUUACGUUAAGGUAUGUUGUCAUAGUGCUAUAAUUGCUCCUAUUGUAGAAGUAGUUUCUCUUCGUCUAUUGUACUUACGCACUCUUUCAUCAAGCCGUCUCACUCAAAGGUCUAGCUCCGCGCUGUAGAUGACCGGCGAGACAUGUGGCCUCACUGAUCGAGGUCCCCAAAAAGGCCUUAUUAUUUACUUCCGGUCUCUGCGCCUAGGUUUAGUUUAUGCCUGCUUAUCUGAUUUAGUGUGGUCUAGUCGUUGUAGUUGAUUCCUGAAAGUGCAAGGCAUGCGGUAGGAGGUAAGCCAGUAAAUCAACCGCCAGCUCUGCGGCGUGUAGUACCCUUGCAGGUGUGCUGCCUUGCUUUAGGGACCCGCUGCGUCGGGUUGCGCCUUAGUUGUUCUACAAGGGUCGAGUGUGCGGCUCUCCCGAUAGGUGUGGACUUGCUGGCCGAAGGUGCGGCCUUAUGCUCCCCCUGUAUGUAAUUGGUUAAAAGUUCUAAUUGAUUGCUUAAAAGGGCGGCCGCGUAUAGUCCUCAUCUUCCUAUGGAAAAAAAAAGCCGGAUUAAUCGACUAUGGAAAACAAAAGGUCUGUAAGUGAUCAAUCGACUAAAUUAAGUGGCUAAAAGGGAGGCAGCCUCUAGUCCUAACGAAAAAAAAAAGCCGGACUGAGGACCGGGGUGAGAAGCAGGGAGACCACCCGACUUGAUUCAUUGAUCCAGCACCGCUGCUCGUUAGACGGCCGCAUACAGUUGAUUGGCGCGUAGCGUGCUUGCACAGUCCAGAGUUGGCCCUGGGUCUGUUUUAGCUCCUCCGCUAUCCAGCGCCGCGGCUCGUCAGCUGGCCGCGUCCAGUUGAUUGCUUGACUGAUCUGCAGAAGGCACUUCUAAGACUUGGCAAGCCCGUUCAAAAAGUCUGCCUCGCAAGAGGAGCGCCAUAGUGCGUAUCAGAGAAAGAUCGGCAGACCACUUUCUUCAGAUAAUCAUGAUCGAUUUUUUAAAUUUUGUUCAACUACUUAUAUGACUCAUUUAUAAGUGAAAAUAGAUAACGAAGGUUCACUUUUCGAGAUCUAGAACGUAGACAUAUCUAACGAACGAAAGAGGUGGCGCGAAGGUAUAAGAUAUGUCUCCAGUGUUGCUAGCCACUUACUAUGAGAAUUUAGCCAGUGCCAACCAAGCCAUUCGUAUGUCUGAUGUCAGACCUAACGGAGAUGGGGCCCAAGCACUGGGUAGAAGAGGUGCUAUUUUCUGGCACAUGAAGAAGUGCUAUUUUCUCAUGUUGCAGCUGCACCAGGAGCGACGAGUCGCUCCGUCUGAAUCAGCGCGAACACUGAUUGAUCGAUGUUGACAUCUUUUCUAGCUUCGUAGAAAGAGGAACCUUGAAAAAAAUCACUCAGGAGGAGGAGUCAGGUUGUCAGUACCUCGGAGGUUCGCGACUACUCCUGAGAAACUGCAAGAGCCACACAACCAGCACAAGUGUUCCUUAGCAGGCGUCCCUCGUCGGUGAAAAAGCGAGCAGAAAAGUUUAUCCUCAUGCCACAUCGAGGAAGAUAACAUCGGGGAAGAGUCAUGAUAAAGUCUCCUAUUCCCUUCGCCUGUUAUUUGUGAUUUCGUAUAAUAAAUCUAGAGAUCCUCUUCAUCUUGCGCUAGUCAGUGCACUGGCGCCGUCUCGGGUAUAUGCCGGGCCGGUGCAUCGUCCGUGAAAUGUAAGACUUCUCCGCGUCCACCCCAGCUUGUGCGCUGGCCCUUUGGGCGAAGACUUUGAAAUUGAAAAAAUUGAAGGAAUGAGUAUAAUGCUGUGCAUGAGUCCAAGACCUAAG